AUGGGUCUCAUUGCUUCAUUAAAAUCCAAGGCGGGAAUGUCCAAGUCUGAGGAUCACUGGAACUCCGAGUCCUCCGCCGGUGAAAAAGAGGGCCACGGCGGCGGCGCCUCAUCAUCCUCAAGCAGCUUCCUCCCUACCAGCACCCUCGACGUGCACGCCAUCGGCUACGACACCAACCAAGCCCUCACGGGCAAGACGCUCGAAAACAUCACCGUCUACCGAGCCGACUCCGGCCAGGCCGAGUACGUCUCCGUGCGCCGCAAGCGGAGCUCCAACUCGUGCGCGCUCGUGCGCGCCUCCGACCCAGACCGCACCCUCAUCUCUACCAUCUACCGCGUCGGCCCCGGCCGCCACCCCAAGAUGCACAUCUUGCCCGCCAACGCCCGCGUCACCGUCGACGCCGCGCUGCUCGCCGAUAAGGCCGUGCCGGGCGAGGAGGUCACAGUCCGGAGCCGGUCGCUGACCUCGCGCGCGCAGGUGCUCGACACGGCGGCGCACGGCAAGUUCCAGUGGCGCUACGGCGGGCACGAGGAGCGCAGGGCGGCGGGCGACGGCGUGGACUCGCUGCUGGUGAUGGAGAGGAGCAAGGACGGCGCGCGCGUGGCGCAGCUGGUGAGGAGCGCGGAGUUGAGGACGCCGGGGACGGUGCGCUACUCGGGAGGUAACGGUGGGCGCUUGAUGGUGGACCUGCACGGGUGGGAGAACGACGACAAGGCGGGGGCGGCGGAUAUGGAGGCGUUUGUGGUUGCGAGCUGCAUUUUGAUGCUCAAGAGAGAGGCGGAUCGGUUUAUUGAUAACAACAUCGCCGCCGUGGUUUAA